AUGUGGGGAAAAUUUCUCUCUGUGUUCAAGGGCAAAGGUCCAGCCCGUCCUUCCAAUCGACGACACUCAUCAACACCCUCCGACCCAUUUGGAGAUGAAGAAGAAACUCCACCAUCGAGCGAGAAUCGAGAGGACCGUCUCCACCACACUCUGGAAGAGAGCCUUGGGCGGAACCCGCGGGAUGAGGAUGCACUUGACGCCGAGGACGACGAGGACGACCCCAUCCGCCAUCACACUCUGGAAGAAAACAUCGAGCUUGCGAGGGAGCUAUCCCAAGAAUUGCGACGCCAAUCCGAGGAGCUGAAGCACUCCUCAAGCAACAAAGAACACGCAGGGGUUCGUUCGGAUAAAUCUCAAUAA